AUGUCUAUUCAGUUUGACGAGCCUACAUAUACGGGGAGUUAUGGUGUUGUGGGGUCUUUUCCUAAAAGUUUUGGUUAUGGGGUGGAUGUGCCAGACAUGGAGGAGAUCUCCUCAUCAGCUGACAAACCGAGGAUCCUUCUGAUGGGGCUGAGGCGGAGUGGCAAGUCAUCUAUUCAGAAGGUUGUUUUCCAUAAGAUGUCCCCCAAUGAGACACUUUUCCUGGAGAGCACUAACAAAAUCUACAAGGACGACAUCUCCAGCAGCUCCUUUGUCAACUUCCAGAUCUGGGACUUUCCUGGCCAGGUGGAUUUCUCUGACCCAACGUUCGACAGCGAGAUGAUUUUCAAGGGAACCGGAGCUCUGAUCUUUGUCAUUGACGCUCAGGACGACUACGUUGAAGCUCUUGAGCGGUUACACCUCACCGUUUCUCGAGCUUACAAAGUGAAUCCAGACAUUAACUUUGAGGUGUUCAUACACAAAGUUGACUGUCUGUCAGACGACCACAAAAUAGAGACACAAAGAGACAUUCACCAGAGGGCCAACGAUGAUCUGGCUGAUAAUGCACUGGAGAAGCUUCACCUCAGCUUCUACCUGACUAGUAUCUACGACCACUCCAUAUUUGAGGCCUUCAGUAAAGUCGUCCAGAAGCUUAUUCCUCAGUUACCAACGCUGGAAAACCUUUUGAACAUUUUCAUAUCUCAUUCUGGAAUCGAGAAAGCCUUCCUGUUUGAUGUCGUCAGCAAGAUCUACAUCGCCACAGACAGCUCUCCUGUGGACAUGCAGUCCUAUGAAAUCUGCUGCGAUAUGAUAGACGUCGUCAUUGAUGUCUCCUGCAUUUACGGGCUGAUGGAGGACGGUAGCGGCUGUGCCUACGACAAGGAGUCACUGGCCAUCAUCAAACUCAACAACACAACAGUGCUUUAUUUAAAGGAGGUCACAAAGUUCCUCGCUCUGGUCUGCAUCCUCCGAGAGGAGAGCUUUGAGAGGAAAGGUCUCAUAGAGUAUAAUUUCCAUUGUUUCCGAAAAGCCAUCCAUGAAGUGUUUGAAGUCGGCGCUUCAGUACAGUGUGCCAGAUCAUCCCACAACAACCUUAACCCUUUAAAGUACGCUGCAGUGAACGGGAGUGCUAUUUAGUGGACGAAGAAGAAAUGAGACACAAAUGUGGCAAAGUGGAGAAGUAAUCUAAAAGCACACAAGUAUCCUGUUGGAUAAAUAUGCCUUACUGUGGGCACCUGAAUGUGAGAAACGCUGAGCUGCAGAGUGAUGAAAAUGAAGCUCUGGAUGCUGAUCUUUCCGGUUCUUUUCUGGUUUCCAAAGAGGAGAAAAAAGGUGAAAGAUCAGCUGUUCAGACUCAUAUCUGUCCAAACCAAAAAGCUGCUUCUACCAUUCACAUGUAUGUAAAUCUGUAAUGAUUCCGUCAGCUGUGUUUACUCUCUUGGCCAGUUAAUGCUGCAUACUCUGACAAAUAUACGACUUCUUCAGUGCUCAAAGUUUAAAGCUACUUUGACUCAACCUGUAUAUUUCCAUAAACUGCACUUCACCUUCUAAAAGGUACAUGUUAUCCAUGCUUCUGUACAUUUGAUCUUAAAAUAUGGGCUGCUGAGAGAGGAUUUAAUCCCCUGUACAAAAAUGUGACUUUUUUCUUGUGCUUGCUUCAUUUGAUCAAUAGAGUGGGGAAUAAAAAACCAAUCACAGCGUUUACAUCCUGCCGCACAUGCUGACAGUCGACUCUGUAGGUGAUGAAUGUUUUGACCUGGGUAAUUAUUCAGAGACCGUACUGAUUUGUUUUUAUUAUUGUACAUAUUUCUUUAAUAAAGUAUGUUUCAUAAUU